UAAACAAGAUGUCAACAUGUUUACUUAAUUUAUUGUGAAAUCGAAACUUAUAAGUUACAUUUUAAAAUAACGUCAAUUUAGCGGAUUCUCAGACGUUGAUUAACUCGAUAACAGCUCAAUAACUUUUAUAAAGAUAAAAGGAUUCACGGAUCUAUUCGAUCGGACGAUUGAUAAAAUGCGAGUAAAUUAUCAAUAUGCAUUAGAACGUUCUUUAUAUAGUGCGCGAUAUUGGUGGACGUGAGACUGUGCUGUGAAAUAAAAUGUCUGUCGUAAAAGAUAAAAAUGUGAACACUGCCAAUGAAGAACCAGCUUGGUCGACGUACACCAGUCCAAGGAAGAUGGAAGGUGUAAUGGAAUACGUCGCCGCAGACAGUAUAGUCAAAUAUAAUGUGUAUAGAACAAGAUGGCUAAUGUUAGGCUUAUUCGUGUUGUACUCUUCAUCUAAUUCUAUGCAAUGGAUGCAGUAUACUAUAAUUCAAGACGUAAUUGUGAAGUAUUACAAUGUGCCGAGUACACUCGUGUCAUGGACCUCGAUGAUCUACAUGAUAACAUACGUGCCACUUAUAUUCCCUGGCAGCUGGUUACUCGAUAAAACGGGUCUCCGCAUCACGACUAUCAUCGGUUCGUUCGGGACUUGUUUCGGAGCAUGGCUGAAGGUGUUCUCAGUGCCACAAGACAUGUUCUGGCUCGGCUUCACAGGCCAAACUGUGGUAGCUGUAUCGCAAGUCUUCAUUCUGAAUGUACCACCACGACUGGCUGCGGUGUGGUUUGGAGCAGACCAAGUGUCUUCUGCCUGCAGUAUCGGUGUGUUUGGUAAUCAGGUAUGACAAUUUACUUGGUAGCUUGUAGACAAUUGGGCGAGUUC